UAUUAUGGAACAACAAUAAACCGUCUACGGUCAUAGUCAAUGGACUUUUCAACUGCUUUAGUUAUACUGGACACGACGUCUGGUCGUACUGGAUCCAAAACUCUACAAGAGUUUAGAACACCAUUAAUUGUCCCUGUUUAGUUUCAUUAUCUCAAUAUUCUUAUUUCUUGUAUAAAAYGCAGAUAACACCGUCCACCRUAUAGUCACGGUAAAGCGCAUCGUGAAUCGUGAUAUAAAUAAAAUAUUCUGAUAGCGAUUAUUGGGRACGGAGAUUACUUUUUYCCUUUAUUUAUUUACUUUUUAGUUUUUACGGCACUUAUCAUACUCGGAAACGUUAUUCAAAUUUCUUUUCUUUCUGAUUUUGCUUGUGAGGCACAGAACCUCGAUUUUCACUAAUUGCACUCUUCGAAGUGUCUGUUAGUUGAUGUAAAAUGGAACGCGGACAGAAAACGAAGAGGAAAAAAAACGACGUUUGAUUUGCAGCGCUCCAUUAGUUGGCCUUGUCUUCCGAUGGAAAGAUUGCAAACAUGGUUUGUCCGCAAGGACAAAAUUUGCCUGCCAGUGUGGCGGACUAUGUCGACAAACUGUUACAUGGCGUUCAGUGCUCUCAGUGCUGGAGCCACGGUCAUCACGUUUUUUUUUAUAUACUGGUUCUGUGGCGGAUUACUGGCAUUAUCUUUUCUGCUUAUGAGUAUUGUCGGGUUUGUUUACCAUUCGGAAGACUACUUAUUAUAUUAUCCAGAUCUGCCUGAUCACUCUCGUAUUUUUGUACCACAGCCAUCAAUGUACGGUCUGCCAUAUGAAAACAUAUUCAUCAAAAGUUUAGAUGGUACACGUUUACACUUAUUCUUGAUAAAACAACCAGGAGAUUUUUCUAAGGUGGUGCCAACAAUUUUAUUCUUGCACGGAAAUGCAGGAAACAUGGGCCAUAGAUUAACAAAUGUAGUGGGCUUCUAUAAUGAACUGAGAUGCAACAUAGUAAUGCUGGAAUAUCGUGGGUAUGGAUUGUCACAAGGAACACCUUCAGAAAGAGGUUUCUACAUGGAUGCAAGUGCUGCUAUAGACUUUAUAUUUACUCGUAAUGAUCUAAAUCUUGGUCGAAUUAUAGUAUUUGGACGUUCAUUAGGUGGUGCAGUUGCCAUUGAUGUAGCUGCUCGGUUAGAAUAUACUCAAAAAAUCUGGUGUGUAAUUGUUGAGAAUACAUUUACAUGUAUACCAGAUAUGGCGAUUGAACUUAUGUCUUCUGAACUUUUGAAAUAUAUCCCUUUAUUUUUGUACAAAAACAAGUAUAUGUCCAAUUGGAAAAUGGGCAAACUUCAGGUACCAAUAUUGUUUGUUUCUGGCGAAGAAGAUACAUUAGUUCCUCCAUCAAUGAUGACAAAUUUAUUUGAUGCUUAUUGUGGCCCUUUAAAACAAAUUGUAAGGUUUAGAAGAGGUUCGCAUAAUACCACAUGGAAUUGUCCUGGUUAUUAUCGGAAGAUUAGAAAAUUUUUAAAGAUCACAGCCAAACACAGACCUACUGCUGAAGAUCUCCAUUGUGUCAUCAAAAUUGUUUGACAUUGAUAGUAUUAGUUCCUAAACAUGAUUAAAUACAAUGGUAUAGUUAAUACAAAAAAGUCUAGAUUAUUUAAAAAAAGUAACUUAUUUUUUACAUAAGUGCACAUAAUUUUUGAAAAUUUCUAUAAUUGUAUAUUA